GCUCCUUCAACAACAACAGCUAGUCAGACACUUCGGUAGCUUUCUAGCAAACAUAGCUACAACAUUCACGCUCUUUACACUGUUUUUGGUGUAUAUUAGUCGCUGUGUAUUAAACACACUUCUGUCGUAUGUACUUGUUGGCCCAUUUAAUUAUAUGUUUACGUUGUUUGUCAGCUAGCUGGUUUGCUAAGUUAUCUUAGAACUAAGCUAGUCGCUAAUGCUAGCUAGCUAACAUCCCCGACCAUGAGUUCACCAAGCUACUCUCCUCCUGAUAAAGAAGAGGUCUGCUGGACGGAGAAAGAAGCUUUCGUCAAAGAGGAGGAGGAAGAGAAGGAUGUUACAAUACAAAAAGAAGUAGAGGGUGAGGCUGUUACCGUGAAAGAAGAAGAGAAAGACGUUUCAGUGAAAGAAGAGGAAGACGCGUUCAGAGUGAAAGAGGAGGAGGAUGUUACAGUAAAAGAAGAGGAGGAAGAGAAAGAGGAGGAGGAUGCAGUUUAUGGAGUGAAAGAGAAGGGGGAGAUGACGGUCACAUUGGAGGAAGAAGAGGAGAAUGGAGAUAUGUUUAACACCAGAGAGAUAUGGGACUAUCGUGGAUCCUCUGGGGAGCCUCAACAACCUCAUGAUGCUGAAGAGGCAGAGAUGAGUCUCUCCAGAUCAGAACACCUCAAUAAACACCUGCAGAGAUCCACAGGGAAGAGACCUCACUGCUGCUCUGACUGUGGGAAGAGAUUCACCUCCUCAUCAGGCAUUAAACUUCAUCAGAGAAUCCACACAGGAGAGAAACCUUAUAGUUGUGGUCAAUGUGGAAAGAGGUUUACUCAGUCAACAGGCCUGAUAUCACACCAGAGAAUACACACAGGAGAUAAACCUUAUAGCUGUGAUCAAUGUGGGAAGAGUUUUACUACAUCUAGCACUCUGACCUUACACCUGAGAAUACACACAGGAGAGAAACCGUAUAGCUGUGGUCAAUGUGGGAAGAGGUUUACUCAGUCAACCGGCCUGAUAUCACACCAGAGAAUACACACAGGAGAUAAAUCUUAUUGCUGUGAUCAAUGUGAGAAGAGUUUUACAACAUCUGUCUCUCUGACUUUACACCAGAGAAUACACACAGGAGAGAAACCUUAUAGCUGUGGUCAAUGUGGGAAGAGUUUUGGUCAAUCUGGCAAUCUGACAGUGCACCAGAGAAUACACACAGGAGAUAAACCUUAUAGCUGUGAUCAAUGUGGGAAGAGGUUUACCACAUCUGUCUCUCUGACAGUGCACCAGAGAAUACACACAGGAGAGAAAUCUUAUAGCUGUGGUCAAUGUGGGAAGAGUUUUGGUCAAUCUGGCAAUCUGACAGUGCACCAGAGAAUACACACAGGAGAGAAACCUUAUAGCUGUGAUCAAUGUGGGAAGAGUUUUACUACAUCUGGCUCUCUGACUUUACACCAGAGAAUACACACAGGAGAGAAACCUUAUAGCUGUGAUCAAUGUGGGAAGAGUUUUACUACAUCUGGCUCUCUGACUUUACACCAGAGAAUACACACAGGAGAGAAAUCUUAUAGCUGUGAUCAUUGUGGGAAGAGUUUUACUACAUCUGGCUCUCUGACAGUGCACCAGAGAACACACACAGGAGAGAAACCUCGUAACUUAUAACUGUUGUCAAUGUGGGAAGAGUUUUACUACAUCUAGCCAGCUGACUUCACACACAGGAGAGACAUCUCUUAACUAUAAUCAAUGUGGGAAGAGAUACUCUGAUAAAAGUUCUCUGAUUAAACAUCAGAAAAUACAUGAAGGAGUUGUUUCAUGAUAUCAAUGAAAUAAUGACACAAUGCAGAAUGUUUUAACAUUGUAGUAGGAGUGUUUUAAUGAUGUCACAAUGUAGAACCCUAAUCGUUUGCCCCCUGUUCUAUUGAUUUAAGCAUUAUAUGGAUAUUAGCCUCAGGGUGAAAAUCCAGGCUCUGAAUUGAAAGACUACUAUUUAUGUGAUAUAACAAAAGUGACUAACGAAAAAAGAGUUGUGUUACACUUAACACGUUGGUGACCCACUUGAAUCAAAAUGCAACACUGCAAAAUGUUUAGGUUUUCAAUAUAUCCAAACUGUUUCUGCAUAUUGGUUAUUGAUUUGAACAUGUUAAAACUGUGUUUUUACAUUACGCUAUUCCAAUUUAGCAAAAUGUAAUUGAAAAGAAGACUAUGCCCCAAGUCCAAUAUACGUUCGGUUGAAAGUGAAAGUUGAGAAGAUGUAUUUUCCGGUAGUUUUUUCAAUGACUUAAACAUCUUAAUUUCAAUGUUCUUGCAGCCUAUACACAUGGACACAGUAUAAUAAAUUGGUCUAUAAUACAUUUUAUUAACAAUCCUACAUCACUCCAGCAUUUCUUGACAACAUUCAAGUGCUAAUUGUCUUUUUUCCACUACUGAAGUAACAUGACUCAAGUCACUUUAUAUUUCAAACAUUCAGCCUGACAAAAUAUACAUGUUUUAUUAUUCCAUGCCUCACCAUUAAGUGAAUUAUUGCCAAUACAUAUUAACCUUUCUAGGGCGGAAACCCUCAACAACAUUCCGCCGAAAAGGCAGCUUGCGAAAUUCAAAAAUAUUUUUUACAAGUAUGUAACCUUCACACAUUAACAAGUCCAAUACAGCAAAUGAAAGAUAAACAUCUUGUUAAUCUA